AUGUGCUUUUUCCUUGGAAAUUUUUCUUUUCUGGAGAUAUGUUAUGUGUCAGUCACUGUUCCCAGAUUAUUACAAGACCUCUAUAGACAAGCUAGAAAUAUUUCCUUUCUGGCCUGUGCUACUCAAAUGUAUUUCUUUUUGGUUUUGGGAGCCACCGAGUGUUUCAUUCUGACUGCAAUGGCAUAUGACAGGUAUGUUACCAUUUGCAACCCAUUAGUCUAUCCUCUCAUCAUGAACAGUAGUCUAUGUACUCAACUGGCAGCCAGCUGUUGGACAAGUGGAGUUCCUGUACACAUAGGGUUCACUUAUUUCAUCUUCUCUCUACCUUUCUGUGGAUCUAACCAGUUGAACCACUUUUUCUGUGACAUACCUGCAGUCCUCACACUAGCAUGUGGGGACACUUUUAUGAUUGAGAUGUUGAUUUAUUUGAUUGCUCUUCUAGUUGUCACUAUCCCUUUUUUGAUGAUACUUGGAUCUUAUGUGAAAAUAGUCUUAACUGUUUUGAAACUUCCAUCUGCAACUGGGUGA